GUGGACGCCGAGGGGGCCAGCCGCGGUUCGUGAGGAACUCACUCCGAACGGACUUCGGAGGCACGACCAGCAGUAGUCGCCUCCCGACCGUAGCCAGCGCAAUUCACGCCUCCGUGCCCGUCCACGUGUGCGUUAUCCGCUUGAAAGGAAACACUUGCGUCUUUAAAGAAACACACUCGCGUGCGUAGCGACAGCUUGUUGCAUCGAUCUGGAGAGGAAAAAAGAGACUCGCCGAAGGCGCGUGUGCGAUCCCAUCCCAUCACAGAGAUUUAAUAACGUUUCGACAUGGUCGUUCCCUCGGACCAUGCGCUCCACGAGGCGAUUCAAGUGUCGCCGCUGGUUCUCUCCGACGAUGUCAGACGACAAAAGGUCGAGAAUCACAUGGAGAAUAUGCGACUGUCCGCGGCGACCGUCAGAAGGAUUCAGGACGUUUUCGUUUCGGAAAUGAACAAGGGCAUUCAUCAGCAACCGUCCUCGCUGCAGAUGGAAAACACGUACAUACCGGAACUGCUCGAUGGAACAGAAGAGGGUCUGUACUUGGCGCUCGACCUUGGCGGCACCAAUUUUCGCGUAUUGCUACUGGAACUGUCCCAUGGUGCUCCCAUACGGCAAGAAGUAAAGCGAUACUACAUCGGAUCCGAGUUGAGAGUCGGUUCAGCAAUUCCUUUGUUCGAUCAUCUUGCCGCUUGUGUCAGUGAUUUCGUCAUCGCUCAGGGUCUUCAGGACAUAGAGCUUCCUCUCGGUUUCACGUUCUCGUUCCCAAUGAUCCAGCAUUCCCUGGACGUCGGUAUUCUGGUGACAUGGACUAAGAGUUUUAACUGUCCGGACGCCAUGAACAAGGACGUCGUGAGGUUGUUGCGAGAGGCUCUCGACCGACGAGGCGACACGAAGGUAAAGGUCGUGGCGAUUCUGAACGACACCACGGGCACGCUUGUGCAGGGCUCGACGUUGGAUCACAACACGGCGAUCGGACUUAUCUUGGGAACCGGCAGCAACGCCUGCUAUCUGGAACGAGCGGACCGCGUCGAGCACUGGGAAACGGAAAGACACGGCGAGCGACAAGUUAUCAUCGAUAUCGAAUGGGGCGCUUUCGGAGACAACGGCGUUCUCGACUUUAUCAAGACGGAUUUUGAUCGUGAAAACGAUGCCAACUCCCUUAUCGCGAAAUCAUUUACAUUUGAAAAGUACAUUUCUGGCAAAUAUCUCGGCGAGGUGGUUCGCGUGAUACUUGCGAGGUUGACCAAAGAGGGGCUUUUGUUUGUAGGAGAAAAUAUACCGCAGAGCCUUCUAACACCUGGCAGUCUUACCACCGAUCUAGUCUCGCACAUCGAACUGGAUUCGGUGAACGGUGGUGACAGUAAUACGCAGGAGGUUCUUGGAAAAUUUGGCAUCAUUCCGGAUCAGGAUGACAUUAGAGUCGUUCAAUACGUGUGCGAGGUCGCCUCCAACCGCGCGGCUCUUCUGGUAUCGAUAUGUGUCGCGAGUUUACUGGAUCGUAUCGACAAGGAACAGGUUACGGUCGCCGUGGACGGGUCUUUGUACAAGCAUCAUCCUCGGUUAGAGAACUGGAUGAAGCGGUAUAUUUCGCUUCUCUCGCCAAAUCGAAAGUUCAAAUUAAUCCACGCGGAGGACGGAAGCGGCAAGGGCGCCGCGCUCGUUUCCGCAAUCGCGCAAAGACUCAAGAAGCGAUUGGAAUAGUCGCAAAUAUAUAUAUAUAUAUAUCUCUGGAAUAUAUCCUACUCUCAGUCGUCGCAGUCGUCGUUAUUGUGGCACGACACCAAUGCGAAAAAUCGUCGGUCUAGCCAUAGAAAUUUAUAUCCGUCAGCAGAUCCCAGAUCAAUAUACACACGUUAUUAUUGUAGUUGUUUUUUCGCGAAUAAUCGCGAAUAAAUACUUCUCACCUCAUCAAAUUA